AUGGGCGGCGUGGCGUGGCGGGCGGCUGUCUCUGCCGCCGCCUCGAGUGAGCCUCGUCUCGCUCUUCGUCUACUCGAGCCUCGUCUCGUGCGCCGCCUCGUGGGCGGCGUGGCGGGCGGGCGGCUGUCUCUGCCGCCGCCUCGAGUGAGCCUCGUCUUGGUCUUCGUCUACUCGAGCCUCGCUUCGUGUGCCGCCUCGUGGGCGGCGUGGCGUGGCGGGCGGCUGUCUCUGCCGCCGCCUCGAGUGAGCUUCGUCUCGCUCUUCGUCUACUCGAGCCUCGUCUCGUGCGCCGCCUCGUGGGCGGCGUGGCGUGGCGGGCGGCUGUCUCUGCCGCCGCCUCGAGUGAGCCUCGUCUCGCUCUUCGUCUACUCGAGCCUCGUCUCGUGUGCCGCCUCGUGGGCGGCGUGGCGUGGCGGGCGGCUGUCUCUGCCGCCGCCUCGAGUGAGCCUCGUCUCGCUCUUCGUCUACUCGAGCCUCGUCUCGUGUGCCGCCUCGUGGGCGGCGUGGCGGGCGGGCGGCUGUCUCUGCCGCCGCCUCGAUGCGCCUCGUCUCGCUCUUCGUCUACUCGAGCCUCGUCUCGUGUGCCGCCUCGUGGGCGGCGUGGCGGGCGGGCGGCUGUCUCUGCCGCCGCCUCGAGUGCGCCUCGUCUCGCUCUUCGUCUACUCGAGCCUCGUCUCGUGUGCCGCCUCGUGGGCGGCGUGGCGUGGCGGGCGGCUGUCUCUGCCGCCGCCUCGAGUGAGCCUCGUCUCGCUCUUCGCCUACUCGAGCCUCGUCUCGUGUGCCGCCUCGUGGGCGGCGUGGCGUGGCGGGCGGCUGUCUCUGCCGCCGCCUCGAGUGAGCCUCGUCUCGCUCUUCGUCUACUCGAGCCUCGUCUCGUGUGCCGCCUCGUGGGCGGCGUGGCGUGGCGGGCGGCUGUCUCUGCCGCCGCCUCGAGUGAGCCUCGUCUCGCUCUUCGUCUACUCGUGCCUCGUCUCGUGUGCCGCCUCGUGGGCGGCGUGGCGGGCGGCUGUCUCUGCCGCCGCCUCGAGUGAGCCUCGUCUCGCUCUUCGUCUACUCGAGCCUCGCUUCGCGUGCCGCCUCGUGGGCGGCGUGGCGGGCGGGCGGCUGUCUCUGCCGCCGCCUCGAGUGAGCCUCGUCUCGCUCUUCGCCUACUCGAGCCUCGUCUCGUGUGCAGCCUCGUGGGCGGCGUGGCGGGCGGGCGGCUGUCUCUGCCGCCGCCUCGAGUGA